GCACAAAUUCACACGUUUGUUCGUGAUUACGCCUCACCAUCCUGUCUGUAUUUGAACCUUGAUACAUACAAUGGGAGAAUCAUUCGACAAUUCUGCCAUACAGUUAAUGAAUCAGGACUUCAAGAAGAAAGAACCUCUAUCGCUUGAAGAUAUAGUCGAUAGAAUCGUGCCUAGGUUGAACUUGAAGCUUUUUCUACUGUUUCUGAGUGCUCUCUCUACUAUUUUUCACGCAGCUGCGGUGACAUAUGUAACGGCCCUCGCUGGAAAUAUACCCUACAAGGAUUGGGAAUGUGUUUCAGAUAGCUGUGAGGCUCUCUUUAACAACGCAUCUGCAGCCGGAUUGGAGAAGGACUUCUUCUCGCAGAACACGGUCUGCGGAAAUAAUUUGGUAGCUGCCACCGAUUUUAAUUGGACGACGCAAAAGACAACUUUCACGACGGAUUGGAACAUAUACUGCAAGUACGAGGCCAAGUUGUCCCUCAUUUCUAGUAUCUACUUCGUAGGAGCUCUGCUUGGUUUGUUGUGUUCAACAGCUAUAUUUGAUAGAAUAGGGCGGAAGAGAGGCGCCCUGGUGGGCUGUGUGUUGAUCACCAUGGGAACAGCUGCCAGCUCAGCAGCCCCCAACUACCAGACACUGCUAGUCCUGAGGGUCAUAUCAGGGUUCGGGCUCCUGAUCAACUACACCGGCUCCUACUGCUGGAUCAUAGAGUUUGCACCCACUCACCUCAGGAACCUGGUUAGUGGGUGCUACAACCUGGGGUGGACCCUGAGUUACCUGAUAAUGGUCAUGCUAGGGUACCUUAUAGACAAGUGGGAACAUCUUUACCUGGCUGUGAGUGGGCUUUGCGUUUUUAGUUUAGCCAUGUUCUUCAUCACUCCGCUUCCUGAGUCUCCUCGCUUUCAUCUGGUCAGAGGACGGGACAGUGAGGCAAAGAAAACCUUAGAAUAUCUGUCCAAGAUCAGUGGGCACCCAAUUUCUUUUGACACAAUUCAUCUUGUAUACGAUAAGAGAAUACAGAACUACUUGAAGCAGGUUAAAGACUUCAUGAAAUAUCGGAGCAUGCUGAAGAGAACCCUUCUCUGUAUGGUUGGUUGGUUUCUAGUGGCCCUGAUAACCUACGCGUACACGUUCGGGUGGAGUAAGAUAGGUACUGAUCUGUACACCAGCUACAUGUUCGCUGCACUGGGUGGGGGUCUCGGAUACAUUCUCUCUAUCCUUGUCUGUCGGGUUCUCGGGAGAAAGCAAGCAACGCUAUUCUUCUUUGGUUCUGUUGCAGUGAUGAACCUCAUUGCCAUGCUGGAUGUAAAACUCUCGGACACGUGGACUUUAGAGCACGUGGCGAGUUUGCUGGGGAAUGUUGGUAUUCUAGGAGCGUUUGCCAUGUUGUAUCUCUACACCGGGGAACUAGCUCCCACUUCACAUCGAGGUAUGGUCAUGUGUAUCAGCUCCAGCUGUGCUAGAGUCGGCAGCUUUAUCGGCCCGUAUGUGAGCUUGCUGUAUGGGGUGACUGAUAGGAAGAUCCCUCUGGCUCUAUUUGCUGGUCUGUCCGUCUGUGCGUUUGUGGCGAUCUUGUUCCUUCCGGAUACUACUGGAGUUGGGAUACCAGAAACACCAAAAGAUAUUGAGAUUGAUCGCGAAGGAAAGGAAGGGUUUGAUGAAUUAAAAGACAUUUCUGAUGGUGAAACUAGAAUCCCAUAAACUGGAGAAAAUUAUUAAUUUCAACGUCAAGAUUUUCAAUGACCCUUAAACGAUGUAACUGUAAGACUUGUUACGAACUGGUUCUAACAUGUAAUUGUAAUUGUAACUGUGUAAGUCGUAGGUGAACCCUCAAACCUCAAUGUUUUAGACUUGUACGCUGUUGUUUUAACUUAUUUGUAUCUAGAACUUUUCAGAAGUCCCUCUCCGCCUCAGACAGGGCCUUCUGAACCCGACCCAUCUCAGAUCCAUGAUAAUUACUGUUAUUUUAACUUAUUUGUAUGUAUUGUACUUAUUCAUGACAUAACAAUUUUAU